AUGGUAGAAUCACUGGAUCUUAGUGUGCCAAAGUCAUUUAUGGAAUUUGCCACAGAGUGGCAGACCAAGCUUUCCCUUAUAGGGCAUCUGAAAAAUUUGCUUCUUGAUCAGAUUGGAAGAGCUGAUGGAACAGCUGUUGACUGCUCUAGAGCUUGGAGCCAUUCUAUCUCUGCACCGUUCUUUAGAUAUUCGCCGCAGUUGAGCACGGCCAUUGACUUGGAUGAAACGGACGAUGUGAAAUUGAUAAACAUUAUGUGGGGCACAAAGGUCUACAUGAAUGAGGAAAAUUCUUCAGUGGAGCAGCUAGUUGAGCUACUCAAA